GCCGUUAGUUUGAACAAAGGAGAUGGCCCCGCAGCCCAGGCUACGGCCCAGCCCGGCCACUGCGGAGACGCAGAAACGUUCCCUAAAAUGGCGGCCGGCGCGCGGGGGCGGGGCUGGCGGGGCUUCCGCUCGCGGCGCGGGCGGGGCGGGGCCGCAGGCACCCAUCAGAGCCCAUGGCCGCUGCGCCGGAGCCCGGCGAGCCCGCCAAGGGGAAGCCCUUUAAGCUCCUAGGAAUUUUAGAUGUUGAAAACAUUCCCUGUGCACGGGAUUCGAUAUUGUAUGGUUCAUUAGGAUCUGUUGUGGCUGGCCUUGGACAUUUUUUGCUAACUAGUGAGUAUCUGUUUUUCUCUAUGUAUGAUGAACAUUUUCUAAAUGGACUAAUACGUAAUGUAGAAUUACAGUGGUUAUGCUUUUUGACAGGUAGGAUUAGAAGAUCAUGUGAUGUUGGAGUAGGAGGAUUUAUCCUGGUGACUUUAGGAUGCUGGUUCCAUUGUAGGUAUAAUUAUGCGAAGCUAAGAAUCCAGGAAAGAACUGCCAGAGAUGGAAUUAAAAAUAAGAUUUUGUAUGAAAGUACCCACCUUGACCCUGAAAGAAAACAAAGCCCCAGCAAGAACAGCAGCUGAGCGGAAUCGAGCUUGAGGAUACAACUCUGUGGAGUCAGUGUGAAUAAAAUGGAGGGCAACUCUAUUAAACCUCGUAUGUACCAUUAGACUUUCAAUCAAGUAAAUAAAAGAUGUGUUG